UCCAUACAUACAUCUCACCAAAAUGGGUAAUGACGGUGGAAGUAUUCCCACCCGCCGCGAACUCGUCCGCGAAGCCGCCCGCACCCCCAGCACGGCGCAAGUCAAAGAAGCCCAGCGCGAACAACAAGAACACUCCUGGACAACCUGCCCACUAUCGCACAAGCAGCUACAGCGCCCGGUAGUCUCCGACAGCGUCGGGAAUCUCUACAACAAAGACGCCGUUCUGACAUUCCUGCUCUCCGGCGACGACGCCGAAGGCAUCAGCUCCAAGGCCGACUGCGAGGAGAUCCUCUGUGGCCGGGUGAAGGGUCUUCGGGACGUCGUGGAGCUGAAAUUCGAGGUCGACUCUGAGCGCACCGAAUCGCCCCCGGUCUCCAAGCACGAGAAGCGCGAGGCCUGGAUCUGUCCCGUCACGGCUAAGCAGCUCGGCCCGAAUGUCAAGGCCGUUUACCUCGUUCCGUGCGGGCAUGUUUUCUCCGAGGAGGCCAUUCGUCAGCUCAAGGGUGAUAAGUGUUUGCAGUGUGACGACCCCUACACUCCCGAUAACGUGAUCUCCAUCCUCCCGACCAAGGAGACUGAUAAACAGCAGCUCAUCGAACGAGGACAGAAGCUGGCCGAGCAAGGUCUGACCCACUCGCUGAAGAAGGCCCCCGGCUCCAAGAAGCGCAAGAAGAACGCCAACGGCGAUGGUGCCGGAUCAAAGGAGCCCUCCGCGGCCCCGAGUCGCAGCAACACGUCCACCCCCACGCCCAGUGCAUCGAACGGAAUCAAGAAUGCGGCCACGGCCAGUCUGACGGCCCGGAUUCUGGAGGAGGAAAACGAGAAGAAAAAGCGGCGGAAGAUGAUGGGCACCAACGACAAUAUCAGCAGUCUGUUUUCGAAGGAGCCUAAAGAUGGUGCGAAGAAUGCCGAUUUCAUGACUCGGGGAUUCACACUCCCCGCUACGGCUAGGAAGUGAUUUGCUUUGAUUUUUUUGACCCCCAUUGCCUUCAUUCAUAUUUGUUAUCUCCAGAGGCGUACGGGGUUUCGGGCGCAGUCGAGCCGGCUACGGAACCGGUUGUUAUUUCUGGCACGGUGGGAAUGCGGUUUCUUGGAUUGGAUGAUAGACCAGGGCUCGUGUGACGUGCCUGCCAAUAAUGAACAAAAUGAAAGACGUCAAU